AUGACUUCUGCUGUGUUUGAUUUGCCGUUCUGGGACCACAUCCUCGGGUACUGGCGCGCGAGCGAGUCGGGCCCGGAGAACGUGCUCUUCUUGAGGUACGAGGAGCUGCUGCGGGACCCCGCCGAGAACGUCAGAAAGCUCGCGCGGUUCGUUAGCAUGCCGUUCUCCCAGGCGGAGGAGGAGGCCGGCGUCGUCCGCGGCAUCGUCGAGCUCUGCAGCCUCGAGAGCCUGAAGAACCAGGAGGUGAACAGGAAUGGGUACAUGGACGGCCUCAAGUUCCCUCGCAAGGCCCUCUUCCGGAAGGGCGUGGCCGGCGACUGGGUGAACCACAUGACGCCGGAGAUGGCGCGCCGCAUGGACGAGAUCGUCGCCGACAAGCUCCGCGCCACGGGGCUCACAUUCCAGUGAACCCAGAGAAAUCAAAAUUUCUGCAGUGUC